AUGAAUGAUGAGAUAACCUCUGGAAGGACUGUGGAAGUAGAAGAGUACUAUUCAGAUGAGGAGGACUACGAGGAUCCAAAUCCACCGCAACAGUCGAUCUUCCAACUUUACGACCACGACGACUACUUUUCCGACGACGAUGGUGGCCCUAUCUUCCGCCAGGUCACCGAGCAGAUCAUAGACACGAGCGGUCAGCGGCGGAAGAAUUACAAAGUUCUUUAUGGCUGGCUAUUUGGAAAUUUACUGGGCGAAGGGAGCUAUGCCAAGGUUAAAGAAGUCCUUCACACAGAAACGCUCCAGCGAGCCGCCGUCAAAAUCAUCAAAAAGCAAAGGCUGAGGAGAAUACCUAAUGGAGACUCCAAUCUAAUCAAUGGCCUUGAAUACCUUCACAGCAUACGCGUAAUUCAUAAAGACAUCAAACCUGGAAACCUUUUACUCAAUGCCGAACAAACCCUCAAAAUCACCGACUUCGGCGUAGCCGAGCAGCUAGAAUUGUUCCAAGAUCACAUGACCUGCACAAUUGCAAAUGGAACGCCCCAGUUCCAGCCACCGGAAAUAGCCGCUGGAGAAUCGGAAUUCAACGGUCCGGCAGUUGAUGUUUGGGCAGCGGGCGUGACCCUAUUCAACUGCUGUACGGGCUCAUAUCCUUUCACAGGCGAAAAUGUUUACAAUCUCUACGAAAAAAUCGAAGAAUGUGUUCUUAUACUGCCAAAACUGACAAACGAUAUUCUUGCAAAAGACUGGGAUACUAUAAUGCAUGGCAUGCUCGCAAAAGACUACAGACAACGUUUUACAACGGCUCAAAUCCGAAAAUCGAUCUGGUUCCAGAGGCAUCGGCCGGCGCUGGAGCCCGAUUUCUUUGAGAAAGUCCCGGCUAUUCAAAAAGAACUGAAGCAAAACUCAUCAUCUUGUUAUGCUGCGCUUUGUAGAAUGCAUGAUAUUCCCAUUGGGGAGGAUUUGCUGCCAGAAUCACCAACAAUCAACAUAAUGGAAGCAAUAAAUCAAAUAUCGGUAACAGACGGGGAAAUCUACCACUCGGAACCGAUGAUGCUCGGUCACGGGCGGACUGCUAGUCUUCCUUACAGAGCUGUCAUGGCCACCUCUAAUGUUGAGGACAAAAAUGCGGGUUCAAUGGACGCAGAAAGUUAUUUUGCCUUUAAAGAUGACGAAAAGAAGGAAACUGUUGGCCAAAUGCUUGUCAUGCUGAUUGAUACUAUAAACAAGAAGAUUGAGGUUCAAAAUGAAAAGUCAGAAGACUUGGAAAGCCUCAUUCAAGAAAUCGCACUAGAAACUGAAAAAGGGUCAACCAACGAAGAUAUGGAAAAGUUCAUCGAGCAGAAAUUCUCGCUGCUGAAUGCGAAUUUGGAGCUUCAAAUUGAAAAGCGGGUGGAAGACCGGCUCAAGUUGUUAUCCACUCAAAUGAGUGCCCAAUUGUCGGAACUAAUGAAGGCCCGAGAGGCUAAGCUGAUUGAAGAACUCAGUCCUCAUCCGGGCGCAGAGAGAGGAAACUCCCGGAAACAAAACAAAGGCCGCAAGAAAAAUGGAGGCCAUCAUUCUAGGAAUAAACAAACGGAAAAGGCAGAAGCCACGCCCGGCAAUAUUCCAAAAUCGACAAAUGAGCAACAACAAGAAUCUGCUUUUAGGAUCAACAAGAAUCCCGAAGAAUCCAAAAAUAGAGCGGACAAAGUCGAAACAACGACAGAGGGUUCGCAGAACAUGAAUUAUGACGAAAAUAGAAAAUUGCAAAAACAAAACCCCAAAACACAGCAGCAAUUUAUCAUUCCGACUAUUAUUCCAAUUACCUCAACAUCGGGAAGAACAACACAGACGCCGAUUACACAGCAGCUGACUUUAACGCCGCUGUCAAUCGACGCCCAGCCCUCAUCAAAACGUCAGAACUUGCCGAUUCUCGUCGGUUUUCGAGGAAGAAGAUGCGAUGAAUGUAAUCUGUCGCCCUCGGACGAUCCAUCUCCAGGAGCCUGGGUUCGACAAAAGCACGGGUGUCGAUAUCUUUUGUGCGAGAAAACGACGAAUCCCUGCCUCAAUGGAGGCGAGUGUGUCUCCUACGAUGCACCUGCUAUUCAGCUUCGCGGUGGAAAAAGAUUUGAGACCACCACGAAGCAGAAGAAAUGCGUUUGUCAAGAUGGCUUUAUUGGACAAAAAUGCGAAAUAGGAACGGAUUUUUUAUUGAACCCACUUCUUCAGAAGUACCUCCUAAAUUUGCCAUAUCACUAA